CUGGAGACGAGGGGUCUCCUUUUUCAUCUGAAGACGCGUCACAAGCAGAGGCACAGGAGACGCCACCUCGCUGUUCUUGUCCAGACAGGAGCGUUCUCACAUAAUUAGCAGGUGUUUUUUUUUUUUUUGUUUUGUUUUUUUUGCUGCUUUGCAUCCAGCUGUGCGCCGCGCCGGCCCAUACGCUCACUGACGCUCCUGCCUGCUCGACAUGAACCUGCUCUGCGUGACUCUCCUGACCCUCAUGAAGCUCCACCGGAGCCCUGCGGGGGCGUCACCCCUCCGCGUCCCCGCCGCUCCUCCACAGCCUCCAGCCGGACCGCCUGAGGCCGACCAGAAGUUUGCGGAGGAAUAUCUGCGGCGCUUCUACGGUGACCAGCCCAGGCCAGACAGACGGAAAAGGGCGGCAGCCUCCAGAGACGCUUCAAAUCAGACGGCGGGGCUCUGCGACAAGGUGAAGAAAAUGCAGCGUUUCUUUGGGUUGCCUCCGGACGGAGACCUGGGCGAGGAGACGCUGGCCGUGAUGAAGAAGCCGCGCUGUGGGCUGUCGGACGUGGAGCGCCACGGGGGAGCCGUGCGCUGGAGAAAACGCACCAUCAGCUACAGGAUCGCUGGUGGAAAUCUCCCUUUCCCAGCCAGUAGGACUCACAAAGCCAUCAGGAGAGCGCUGCAGCUGUGGUCCAGCGUUUCCCUCAUCAGAUUCCGCAGGAGGGAGGCGAAGGAGGCCGACGUCAGCAUCGCUUUUGUCAGCGGAGACCACGGCGAUGGAUCUCCUUUCUUUGGCAAAGGGGGAAGUCUGGCUCACGCCUUCCUCCCUGGUCUAGGAAUAGGAGGGGAUGUGCACUUUGACUCUGAGGAGGAAUGGACUUUGAAUUCUACUGGUAUCAGCCUUCCUGUCGUUGCAGCUCAUGAAUUCGGCCACGCUCUCGGCCUCUCCCACUCGCCCGACCCCGGAUCCAUUAUGUACCCGGCUUACAACUUUGCGCCCAGUUUGGAGCUCUCCUUCGACGACGUGCAGAGCAUCCAGCACCUUUACGGUGAAAACCCCAACUUCCACCUACAGUCACUGAAAAGCCCUCCUCCCAAAACCCCCAACAAAUGCGACCCCGAUCUGUCCUUUGAUGCCGUGACCGAGUUACAACAAGAGGUGGUGUUUUUCAAAGACAGAUUCAUGUGGCGAAAACAUCCCAGUUUCGUCGAAACGCGCAUCGCCCUCAUCAGCAGCCUGUGGUCGGCCUCCGUACCGUCUCACCUGGACGCUGCGUACGAGAACGUGGAGAAAAACGUCAUUUUAUUUUUCAAAGGCGAUCAGUACUGGAAAGUCCAGCAGUUAGUUCUGCAGGAAGGUUUUCCCAGAAACAUCUCAGACCUGGGCUUCCCCUCCAGAAUAAAGUCAGUGGAUGCUGCUCUGCACUUCAGAAACGACCGCUACACUGUGUUCUUCACCGGCCAUGAAUGUUGGAGGUACAAUGAACUGCGGGGCGUGAUGGAGGGAUCACCAAUGCUCAUCGAGCAACAGUGGCUGGAAAUCCCAUUCCCUAUCGACGCAGCUGUCUACUACCAGGGAUUUGUGAACUUCUUCAAGGGAAACAAGCAAUAUAAAUACGACUUUGGCCAGAACCGCGUUGUCUCCGUCAGCAGCGCUAACGACCUAAUGGACUGCGAGCUGGGAAAGAGUAACAAGCACAUAUUCUGAUGACGAAAUGGCCCGAUGAUGACAUUGCAGUGUGUGUAGUCACAGGGAACUGGCUCUGUCCGGCAGCAACCACAGUGUUUGUAACAGUGGGAUCUAGUAAAUACUGUAGGGAAGUGGUUAAAAGUCAUACCUCAGUGUGUAAUAGUGUUGAAAGAAAGGAAAUUUAUACAAUCCAUCAAAGCCAUGUACAAUUAAAAAAAAUGUUUCUUUAAUUUGUCUACUUUAAGUGUUUGUUGUUGUUGUUUUAAGAUUUGCAACAAAUAUUGAAUGAAAUGAAUGACGGUUAUAAGUAUUAGAUACGUUUCCUAAACAAAAAGAGAUUAAAUGUGUAUGGGUGCCCUUGAGCAAGUCACUCCACCCACCUUGAUGGUGGUGGUCAUGAUGGCAGCCUCGUUCCGGUCAGUAGCUCGUCAUCACCAGUUUGUGAACGUGCCAUUUGAGACGUCAAUUUGAUAAAAGGGCAUUGUAAAUAAAAUCACUUUUUGUUCUUCUUUUUGAAACUGUGACUUUGUCGUCUGUGACCUGGAAUAUAAAACCUGUCUCUACAUAUUUUCAUGAA